AUGUCUGACCCGCUUGACGUUCUCAUAAUUGGCGGUGGACCUGCGGGGCUUACUGCGGCGCUCACCCUAGCUCGUCAGCUACAUACCGUUGCUGUCUUUGAUUGUGGAACUUAUCGAAACGAUGCCGCCAAAUAUCAACACAUGGUUCUGACGUGGGAUCAUAAAGAACCAUCUGCGUUCCGUUCGGCUGCACGGGAAAAUAUACUGGGCCAGUAUGAGACUGUGAAAGUCUAUCCCACCACUAUAGAUACUGUCAAGAGUCUUGAAAAUGGUCUCUUCGAGGCUGUUGACAGUAAUAGCAAAGCUUGGGUUGGGAGAAAACUUGUACUAGCGUCUGGCGUUGAAGACAUCAUGCCCAACAUUGAAGGGUUCCAACAAUGCUGGGGUAGUGGAAUUUUCCAUUGCUUCUUUUGCAAAGGCUUCGAAGAGAGGGGCUCUGAGUCUUCGGGUCUCAUUGCUACUGAUGCACUUGCCUCCGUACCGCAUGCCAUGCACGCAGGGCGUCAUGCUCUUCAACUGUGUACAUCCGUCACUUUCUACACCAACGGCUCGGAGGACUUAACAAGAGAAUUUGAGAAUGCCCUCACAAAUACUCCUGAAAUGAACGUUGACUCUCGACGCAUUAAGAAAUUGGUCAAGGGCCCUAAUGGGGCAGAAGUCAUUGUUUGUUUCGAGGAUGGCACUGAAAAGAUAGAGGGGUUUUUAGGAGCUGCUCCAAAAAUGAAGCAAAGAGCGCCAUUUGCGGACCAACUUGCCUUGGAAUUAAACCCGGGUGGGGAGAUUACAACGAAACUACCAUUCAUGCAAACCAGCAUGAGAGGCGUUUUUGCUGCAGGGGAUUGUGGGAGUGCUAUGAAAAUAGCUGCAAAUGCAUUAUCAACCGGCGCUGCGGUGGGAGCAGGAGUUUCCGCUCAGAUACUAGCAGAGAAAUUCGAUCAUAAGCCUCUUUUCUAA